UAAUCACUCCACACCGUUUGCUUUUCAUUUUCCCCCUAAAUUUUAAGAAAACCUCCGCCCUGUGAAAUCUACAAAUCCCCAUUUCUCUCAUUUUCUCUUUUGGCUGAUGAAAACUAUACUUUAUGCCUUUUGGAUCUUCCUAAUUCACUAAUUUUUGCUCUUGGGUUACAUAUGUGAAUAUGUUAUGAUGGAUCCUGAGGCUAAAAAGCAGUGUUGUGAAUCUUUACCUUUCGAUGUACUAAGCAAUCUUCCGGAGAAUGUCAUUGACAUUAUAUUAAUGUGUUUGCCGUUUAGAGAUGCGGUGAGGACUAGCAUCUUAUCAAAAGUAUGGAGAUAUAAAUGGUGCCGACUUCCUGAGUUGACACUUGAUGAUGCUUUUUGGAAAACAAAGAAUAACUUAAUAUGCCAUACGACUGCGAUUACCAAGAUUAUCUACCAUAUUUUGAUAUUUCAUGAAGGGCCGAUUACAAAGUUUACUCUCUGUGUUCCCAAGUCGAGAAGUUGUCCUAUGAUCGAUGACUUGAUAUAUUUCCUUGCGAAAAAUGGCAUUCGGGAUCUUGUGCUUAAACUUCCAUUCAAGAGUGAACCAUAUGAAUUGCCACCUUCAUUUUUCAAAAGCUUGCACUUGAAGAAUUUGAAUCUCCAGAAUUGCUCAAUAGUUCGUCCACCGACCUUCAAAGGACUUGAUAGGUUAAUUAGGUUGGAACUAUGUGAAGUUUCAAUUUCUUCCGAGGAUCUGGGAAGUUUGAUCUCUCAUUGCUUGUUGCUCGAGCAUUUGGUGUUGUAUAUUGCCGAGACUUACAGCAACCUCAUCGAAAUUAAUGCUCCUAGGCUGAAAUCAUUUUACUUCGCAGGCAGUGUGAGAUCUAUCAUUUUGAAGAAUAUCCCUCAUUUGGCAAAGCUUUUACUUGCAUCUAGCGACACAGAUUAUUUUGGAGAAGAAAAAUGGGAUAUUGUGAAGUUCUUCGAAUCCUUUGAGUCUUUUUCUGCUCUCGAGCAUAUAUACUUGAAUAUGUUAUUUGCUGCAGAAGCGAGUGAAGUACCAAAGAGGCUUCCGUUUAAUCUCAACAGUGUCAAAAGACUUGACAUAAGUGUUGAUCUUUAUAACUCGGUUGAGGUAUCAUGUGCUCUAUGCCUGAUUAGAAGCUUCCCGUAUUUACAAUAUAUGGAUAUUUCGGAGGCUUAUCCUAAAUAUGAUAUGGAAGAAGCUUAUCAAGUAGAAUUUUCAUCGGAUGUGACGUUUAAUCACCUAAGGGAAGUUAGGCUAACACUUGCUAGUGGCUCAAUCAUCGAGAUGCAGCUUGCCAAACUUCUGUUAGCCAAUUCUCCCAUGCUAGUGAGAAUGCUUUUCACGUCGUCUGUAGUUAAAGGAUCUGCUGCAGUCAAAAAACUCGUUGCUGAGUUAACAACAUUUCAGUGUGCAUCACCUAAAGCAGAGGUGUCCUACAUCGAAAACUAGUACAUGAUUACAGUCCCGUUUAUUGAUCUUCUUCAGGGGUCUUUAAUCGGACCAUGAUGUUUGGCUCGAAUAUUUUGCCAGUUAAUCUGAAUGGCUAGAUAGUACUCUAGACAUCAGUUUUGGGAAGAUUACUGAAUCUGUGUGGAUGAUUUGACUUAUCUGUUGUGUAAUAUGUUAUUAAAAUAUGAAGUUAUCUUGGUCUCAUUUCUGUCAUCUCAAGUUCAUACUAUCCGUGGUUAAUGUUUAUUGUGGGCUUCUUGUU